AUGGUGCUUCUCAAAGCGCAUAUACAUUAAAAUGGCGACGGCGAUCCAGCCCUUUUUCUCAACACCUGUAGCGCGUUCGCGGGGGACCUUGUGGAAGGGAGAAAGGCGCUCGGAAUGUUUAUCCGGCUAGGUUUUACCUUGGUACAGUGGAGCGCAACGUCGGAUUAGGCCGAACGCAGCUUAUUCUGACACCAAGGGUUUUGCCUCAGGGGAGAUGAUUUCCAAGCUUGGAAGGGGGAGCUCAGCAGCAUCAAGAAGGUACCUCCUGAUCAAUCGGGCAACUCCCUAGCGUGAAACUGGGCGUUACGUCCCAGGCUUUGGAUUUCCAUCUUAGCCGACAGUCCUACCAGAAAAUUUGUUUUUCAAAUUUUCGGAAUGGGCACCUCUGUUGAUGUAGUGCUAGGUGGCGUAACUCAUCCAACUACGGGUAGCGAGUGCACAUCCUCGUCCAGUAGGAGCAACAUCUUGAAGGUCGUGAUCGAUUGGUGGUGAGCAGCCGGGUGAAGCGUGAAGGGUGAAGGUAGGGUUGGGGAAACCCGCACCAAUACGACGAGCCUCUAUAAUACUAAUUAAUGUUAAUGUUAAAUGCUUCUCAAAGCGCUUCUUAGUGGAAUUGCAGCGACAGCAGCUGUUGGGAUUGCUUCUUACUAUGGUCUUCAAUACUAUAUCUCCCACGCCAAGCUUCCUCCAGAACUCACUUACACCUUUGAAGAGCUAUGCACCAGCAAAGGUUAUAAAGUCCAAACCCAUCAAAUCACCACAAAUGAUGGCUAUAUCCUUUGCCUUUAUAGAAUAUCUGCAAAAGACCAAGACUUUGUGAAAGGAAAAACCCCUGUUUUGAUGGUCCACGGCUUGACUCACCAUGCAAGUUCUUAUGUGAUUUCCCAAAAAUCAAAAGCUCCAGCCUUUGCCUUAGCAGACGAAGGCUUCGAUGUAUGGCUUUUAAAUACCAGAGGAAACCAUUUAAGCAGAAAGCAUGAAACCCUUGACGCAAAUCAGCCUGAAUAUUGGGAAUGGUGUGCUAACCAUAUAGGUGCCAAUGAUAUUCCUAAAACAAUUGACUAUAUACUUGAGCAGACUGAAAAACCAAAAUUAAACUAUAUUGGGCACUCACAAGGCUGUUUUGUGCUGUUUCAAUGUGUGUGCUUUAGACCAGAUUACGGCGACAAAGUAAAUGUAGCUGCACUUAUGGCGCCAGUGGCUGGCUUUAUAAGUGUUGAUACUGCCUAUCUUAGGCAGCUCUUAAAUCCUCCAUUUCUAGAAGUAUAUGAAAAGAAAGGAAUAAACUUUUUAGUCAAUUAUUCAGAAACCCCAAAUUACCCUGCAAGACUAGCUUAUGCAUUUCCUAGAUAUGCAGCUUGGAAAUACCAAGAUAAACUUGAUUUGUAUUUAAAUAACGAGGAUCCUAAAGACUUAGCUAUAUAUUUACAAAAGUUCUGUGGCGGCACAAGUAUAAUGAAUCUAAAGUAUUGGUCACAAGUACUAAAAGAAAGGUCUCCUUUGCCUUAUUCCUAUGAUUAUGGUGAAGAAAAAAACAGAGAAGUCUAUGGAACCUCAAAGCCGCCACAAAUGCAGCUUUCUAAUUUAAGGUGCAAAGUGGCGUUACUUUAUGGAAAAUAUGACACUGUUAUUACCCCUGAAGAUGGAAAAGUCAGUAUUUCUCAGAUGCCACAAGACAAAAUAAUUUUCCAAAAAUUCGACUAUAACCAAGACCACGCUGGAUUUGCAGUAUCAGCAAACCAAGAACAUAUGGCAGACAUUUUGAAAAUAUUUAAGGAGAACCCAAUCGAAUAA